UCCCUCUCAGCUCUGGAAAGGGAGCAUACGGUAGUGGUUAGAGCCAUCGCGUGGCAGGCAGAGGAGCAAUCAUGCCCAGUUUCUCUCCCAGCUCAGGGAGGGGUGUGGGAUGCCUUGGUCCUCCCUGAGUUCUUGCCCAGGCAGGAAAGGGAGUGGGGUCCAGGAGGAUCCCAGAUGUCUGCGUUCUCCCCCAGCUCAGGCCCUGCAGGAAGAGCAGCCAUGGCGCCCUCCCCGCGGUAUGCGCAGCCGCCGGAGGGAACCCAGGAGUCACCACCAACACCACUACCGGGGUCAGAAGUUGCAGGGUCAAUGUUGGGGUCGGAAGCAGCAGAGUCACCAUCAGGGUCAGAGGUCAUGGAGUUGGAGGCCACGGGGCCAGUGAAACUGCGGCCGGAGCUGUCGCUGCUGAAUGGGGUCUGCCUCAUUGUGGGCAACAUGAUUGGGUCGGGCAUCUUCGUGGCACCCAAAGGGGUGCUGCGCUAUGCGGGCUCCUUUGGGUUGGCACUGGUCGUGUGGGGCGUGGGUGGUGCUUUCUCGGUGGCUGGUGCCCUGUGCUAUGCCGAGCUGGGCACCACCAUCACCAAGUCAGGUGCCUCCUAUGCGUACAUCCUGGAGGCCUUUGGAAGCCUGGCCGCCUUCAUCCGCCUCUGGUCAUCCCUCCUCAUUGUGGAGCCCACCAGCCAGGCCGUCAUCGCCGUCACCCUGGCCGACAACCUGCUGCAGCCGAUCUUCCCCUCCUGCCGUGCCCCAGCGGCCGCCGGGCGCCUCCUGGCCGCUACCUGCAUCUGCCUGCUGACCUUCGUGAACUGUGCCUACGUGCGGUGGGGAACCCGCGUCCAGGACAUCUUCACCUACGCCAAGGUCCUGGCACUGCUGGCAGUGAGUGGUGCUGGGCUGGUGGGCCUUGGCCAGGGAUACACCGGGCACUUCGUGGACGCCUUUGCGGGGUCCUCGCUGGCCCCGGGCGACCUGGCGCUGGCGCUGUACUCAGCCCUGUUCUCCUACUCGGGCUGGGACACCCUCAACUUUGUCACCGAGGAGAUCAAGAACCCCCAGAGGAACCUGCCCCUGGCCAUCAGCAUCUCCAUGCCCAUCGUCACGGCCAUCUACAUCCUCACCAACGUGGCUUACUACGCUGUGCUCACCGCCCCCGAGAUCCUGGCCAGCGAUGCUGUGGCUGUGACCUUCGCCGACCGUGUCUUUGGGGUCAUGAACUGGACGAUCCCUGUGGCCGUCGCCCUGUCCUGUUUCGGAGGGCUCAAUGCCUCCAUACUGGCUGCCUCCAGGCUGUUCUUUGUGGGCUCCCGUGAGGGGCACCUCCCUGACCUCCUCUGCAUGGUCCACGUGGAACGGUUCACGCCUGUGCCUGCUCUGCUUUUCAAUGGGGCCAUGGCGCUGGUCUACCUGUGCGUGGAUGACGUCUUCCAGCUUAUCAACUACUACAGCUUCAGCUACUGGUUUUUUGUGGGCCUGUCCAUUGCCGGGCAGCUCUACCUGCGCUGGAAGGAGCCCCACAGGUCCCGCCCCCUUAAGCUGAGCCUGGCCUUCCCGGUGUUCUUCUGCCUCUGCACUGUCUUCCUCGUGGCCAUCCCGCUCUGCACCGACACGGCCAAUGCCUUCACUGGCAUCGGCAUCGCCCUCUCCGGGCUUCCUUUCUACGUCCUGCUGGUCAGCCCAGCCCACCGGCGCCGGCCACGAUGGCUGCAGAGGGCCGCGGCCUCUGUGUCCCGCUACACCCAGCUGCUGUGUCAUGCCGUUGUGACGGAGAUGGAUGUCGAGGAUGAUGGUCCCAAGACCAAGUGAUGGAGCAGGACCUGGGGGAGGCUCUGGGGCAGGGUUUGCCCCUCCCCUGCGUUGCCUUCCCCCGGACACGGACACCCCCCACCUCCCCCCGCCUUUAACUUAUUUCCUGUUCUCACUCCCCUGCUGGCUCCCAGACUGGCAAUAAACUUGGCACUCUGGCACCUGGCUCCGUGUCCU